AUCCCCAUCAAAGGCGCAGAAGAAAGACUACCAAGUCAGCGGCAUCACAGUUAUGUGGAAGUGGAACAGUCAUGUGCGAUUUUCUUUCUCAAAAACAGUGAAGAUGCUCAGGCUGUCUGUGACUCUGGGUGACUCUUGUCUUCCACAUCGCCACGCCACUGAUUGGCUCGCGAUUAUGUGAUCCGUGAACCUUCUUGCCAUGGGGAUGUCUGCAGCGUCUCAUCUCUGUGCUCCUUCAUCCCUGCGAGCUUUAACCGUGUUGUUUGUGUUGGCAGCUUUUGUUUCAGAUGUAGAGGGGCGACAUCAUCGUCAUGUCUGUCCACAUUUCUCCUGCGGUGGUCUUAGCAAUAUAUCUUAUCCAUUUCGUCGGCAAGGUGAUCCAUCUGGGUGCGGUGUCCAAUCGUAUGAGCUGGUUUGCACGGAUACAGAUGCUACAAUUCGCAUCGGCAGUGGAACAUACAAGGUGCUUAGCAUCAACUCCACAUAUUCUUACUUCUGGGUCGUUGAUGCCAACCUGGACAUCCAGAGCAGUUGCCCCCUUCCCCGGUGGGAUUACCAUGCUAGGAGGACCAGUCGUAAUCGUAACUUACAUCGUCGGAGGAUUGAGUUCAGCCAUGAUUUUUCCAAUUCUACUCCGACGAUGUGGGUUUACGCUUACUUUUACCCUGAUUGGACCAGUAGCAACUCAUAUCGUCAGAGGGUUGAGUUCAGCCAUGAUACCCCUUUUUCUUCUUAUAUGGAUUAUUCGGGGUGGGCUAUCUUUGUGAAUUGUUCUCAGCCAAUAGAGAACAAUGAUACUGAUAAAUAUCAUAUAUAUGAGCCGGUGUCUUGCUUGAGCAAUUCUUCUUUUAUCUACUUGCUGGUAACUGACUACUGGUAUGAUGACAAUGUUUCUGCUGGGGAUCUGGAGCCUUCAUGCGGUUACCUAGCCAUGACUCCUUUGGGUGGUCCAGGCAUGCCGGUGCCCAUGAAUACAAGCUAUCCAGAUGUUGUUAAGUUCAUGAGGAAUGGAUUUGCCCUUCGGUUUCCUCUUUCGAUUGAAUAUUACCCCAACAUCAGAGAAUGUCUCGCAGAGAAUAUGCGUGCUUUCCAUGAAGAACCAAGAAAUAGUACAGGCAUCAGGGAACAGAUCUUGGACAUUCUUACGUUCGAGACAUUAUGGUUUUGUGUUAUUGAACAACUUGGAUCAAGUAAUAAUGGUGUCAAAUCUGUUCUCAUCAACAUCAUCGUCAGAAUAAUACCAUAUGUUCUGUGGGGUCUAAAAUCUGCACAUGUUAUUUGCAGGUUUGUAUUGAUGCCGUUAGCAGUAUUUGUCUUCCUAGCCUAUAAAUACUGGAAAACACGGAUAACAAUAGAUGCAGUUGAGAAGUUCCUGCGAAUGCAACAUAUGCUCGUUCCGAUGAGAUAUGCAUACACAAACAUCAUUGCUAUCACCGCCCAUUUCAGAGACAAGCUCGGACAAGGAGGCUACGGUACUGUAUACAAGGGGGUGCUACAGCCAGGUGAAGUUCAUGUUGCUGUCAAGAUGCUGGGCAACUCAAACUGUAACGGAGAAGAGUUCAUCAGUGAGGUGGCCACCAUUGGAAAGAUCCACCAUGUCAAUGUUGUGCGCCUCAUUGGGUUUUGCUCCGAGGAAAAUAUCAGGGCACUUAUCUAUGAGUUCAUGCCCCGUGGAUCUCUCGAUAAGUACAUCUUCUCGUCGGAGAAGACAUUCUCAUGGGACAAACUCAACGAGAUCGCUCUGGGCAUUGCUAGAGGUCUUAACUACCUGCAUCACGGGUGUGAUAUGCAGAUUGUACACUUUGACAUCAAGCCACACAACAUCCUUCUUGAUAGCAACUUUGUUCCAAAAGUUGCUGAUUUUGGGCUAGCCAAACUGUUCCCAAGAGAUGACAGUUUCGUGCCACUAAGCGCUAUGCGGGGAACGAUAGGAUAUAUAGCUCCAGAGAUGGUAUCUCGAAGCUUUGGUGUCAUCUCUAGCAAAUCCGAUGUGUACAGCUUUGGGAUGCUACUGUUGGAGAUGACGGGCGGUCGAAGGAACGCAGAUCCUCAUGCAGGAAGCUCCAGUCAAGCAUACUACCCAUCCUUGGUGUACAGCCAGCUGAGCCAAGGAGAUGCGAACGAGAUCAGUGAAGGUGUUGAUAUGCACGAGUUAGAGAAGAAGCUAUGUAUCAUUGGGCUUUGGUGCAUCCAGAUGAAGCCGCAAGAUCGGCCGACGAUGAGUGAGGUCAUAGAGAUGCUUGAAGCUGGCAUCGAUAGCAUGCAAAUGCCUCCAAGGCCAUUCUUUUGUGAUGACGAGGGUGAUAGUUCAUACUCUACAAUCUCUGAACUGAAUACAAUAGAAGAGUAGUAGUAGAAAAAUACACUUGUGUCUAUGCGCUCUUAAUGUAUGAGACUAGUAAGAUUGCAAGGUUGUCAUAAGCUAAGGUACUGGUUAUAUACUUUUAUUGAGAGUGUGAUAACUUGAUGCCAUAUAAAAUACUACUUAGGAACAUUUUUUUUACCAAAAA